AUGUAUUUUGCGCCGAAAAAAGAUAUUUCAUAUCUCAAAAAUCUACAGUGUUUGGAAUGUUUACAUCUUGAAGGGAUAAGAUCGUUAGAAGCUACCACUUUGUGCGAAAUACUGAAAAGAAAUCGACACAUGCGUGACUUAAAUUUAGCAUGUACGUGGCUGUUGAUACAUGAAGUUGCAAUGGAAUUAAAGAAUUCAUGUCCAAAUUUGGAAAAGCUAAAUUUAAAGAGAUGUUCUUUUACAUCGCAAAGCAUUUAUGCCCUUGCCGAUUGUAAGAAACUAAAAGAAGUUAAUUUUUCUUGCUGCACAAUCCUGCAUUACAAUUAUAACAAUUAUGACGAUAAUAGGAAGCUCUUUAGUAAAUUGUUUUCCUCCUGCCAAUACCUGGAAAAAAUCGAUCUUAGCUAUUUUAAACCUUUCAACGAUCGUGUUUUGGAAACACUAACGUCGUGCAAAAACUUAAAAAUCUUAAACUUGCAAUGCCAACAUUUUAUGACACCUGACAUAUGUUCCCAAUUAUUCAUAAAAUGUCCUAAACUGUACGAGAUCGAUCUCAGCUACUGUGAUCGAAUUAGUGAGAGCUUUAUUGAUCAAUGGAACGAAAUGCACAAUGUAAUCAUGUAUAAAUAUGUAUAAACACCAGGACUGGAUUGUAAAAUAUAGUAAAA